AUGGCCGAGCAAGUGAAGAAGCUCCAGGCCUGUCAAGCCUUGGCUCAGGGCAAGAAGCUGAAGAGCUUGCAUCAUAUCCAGCAAGCCUUGGAGCUGGCACAUGAGGCUGGACUCUCGCACAUGGAGAUGAAAGCCGCCAUGGACGCACAGAAAGAGAUCAAGAAGAUGGACGAGGCGGCGGAGAAGCUGGAAGAUGCCGUCGAGAAGAGAGAGUAUGAGAAGCUCAAGUGGGCGAUCAAGUGGGCUAAGGAUGCCAAGGUCGACGAGGAUGAUGCGGCUGAUGCAGAGGAGGUUCUACAAGAGGUGGAGAAACACAUGAAGCUCAUGUCCAAACUCCAGAAAGCUGAGGCAUCCGGCGACUUGGAGCUGCUGGUUGAGGCCUUGAAAGAAGCGGAAGGCUUUUUGGAGGAGGAGGAACUCGAGCCCUUCGAAGAGGCGCUGGUGGAAGGCCGUCAGGGCCGUGCCCGGGAAGCGCUUAAAGAGGCCAUGCAGAGUCGAUCGGUGCCUGCCUUAAAGGAAGCGCUUCGAUUGGCAGAGGCUGCUGAGCUGGAGGGCACAGAGGAGGUCUUGGCGAGCCACCGGGCCCUGGCGGAGAUGUCGCUGAUGCAGGCGUUGAAGGGCCAAGUGGCUUCGCAUACCCUGCGCAGUGCCAUCGAGGAAGCGGACGCAUGGGCGGCAGACUUUGAGGAGCUGGAAGGCGCGCGGCGGAAGCUGCAGGUGGAGGAGCACAAAGACGCUGCGAGGGCCAGGCUACAAGGAGCGUUGCGAAGCCGCGAGCCCAACGACCUGGCCCUGGCCAUCAGGGCGGGGCGAGAAGCAGCUUUGGAGGACUGGGAGAUGAGGGGGGCUGAGAAAGCUUUGGAUGCCAUCCGACAACAGGCCAUUGACGACCUGUGUGCAGCUCCUUAG